CAGCACUGCUGGGGCACGAGAGGGACACGGACUCAGCCCACUGCCUGAGAAGCCGCCCGAUGUGACUUUUUAGUCUCCAUAUAAUUAACGCACAAACAAAGUGGGAAAACUUCAUUUCCCAGCAUGCCUCGCUCUGCUGCCAAAGGCACACUGCGCGUGCGCGCUGAGUACGCUGGCCUCCGGCGCGGCAGGGGGAGCGUCAGCAUCAGGAGCGGAGGGUACGGGGUUCCAGCGAGGGCGGCGGAGGCGCGAGCAGUGGAACCCGGUACAGUGACGGACACCGCGGUCCCGGGAAGAGCGGCCGGAGACAUGGCGGCGCAUGAUCAAAAGGAGACGCUGCGGAAGAUCUCCACCACGCUGGCUCUGAAGAACGAGGAGAUCCAGAACUUCAUCUGCUGCCUGAAACAGAGCCUGCAGAACCUGGAGUCCAACUCCAACCGGGUUCAGGAGGACCUGGAGGCUGAGUUCAGCUCGCUGUAUUCGGCGCUGGACGAGCGCAAGGAAGACAUGGUGACCAGCAUCAAGCGGGAGCGAGCGAGUCGUACGUACGAGCUGCAGAGUCAGCUGACCUCGUGCACCAAAGCGCUGGAGAGCUCCGAGGAGCUGCUGGAACUGGCCAAUAAGGCGCUGUGCUCGUCCGAGACGGACGGCUUCAACCAGGCGGCCAAAGAGAUUAAGGAUAGUGUGACCAUGGCCCCUGCCUUCCGCCUGUCCUUGAAGGCAAAGGUCAGCGACAACAUGAGUCACAUGAUGGUCGACUUCGCUCAGGAGCGGAAGAUACUGCAGGGACUCAAGUUUUUACCAGUGCCGGCCACACCGGAGAUCCUGCUGUCGGAGUGUAAAGUGUGCGACAACAGCGUGACGGUCGUGUGGGAGCUGCCCGAACCCGAUGACAAGGUGGAGCAUUAUGUGCUGGAGUACCGGCGCACUAACCACGAGGGCCCCCCCCGCGCACGCGAGGACCACCCCUGGAUGGUGGUGGAGGACAUCCGACACACUGAGCAUACCCUCACAGGGCUGCGUUUCGACACGCGCUACAUCACGUUCCGUGUGAAGGCCUGCAACAAGGCGGUGGCCGGGGAGUUCGCGGAGCCGGUGAACCUGGAAACGCACGCCUUCACGUUCAAGCUGGACGCCGCUUCGGCCCACGUCAACCUGCGUGUGGACGAUCACAGCGUGGAGUGGGACAGCAGUGGGGGGAAGGUCCAGGACAUGCGCAAGGACAAGGGCCGCACCGGCUCGCCCAUGCACUCGCCGGCAAGGGCCGCCAUGGUGUCGCCGAAGAAAACUCCGGCGCCGCGGGCAGGUCGGGACAGGUUCACGGCCGAGUCCUACACCGUGCUGGGAGACACAGCGAUCGAUGCCGGUCAGCACUACUGGGAGGUGUGGUUCGAUAAGGAGAGCAAGGCACUGGCUGUGGGCGUGGCCCUUCGCACCCUGGGCCGCUUUGACCAGCUGGGCAAGACCGGCGCCUCCUGGUGUCUCCACCUUAACAACUGGCUGCAGCAGAGCUUCAGCGCCAAACAUAACAACAAGGCUCGCACCCUGGACUGCCCCGUUCCAGACCGCAUUGGCAUCUACUGCGGCUACGAUGACGGAGUCCUGUCCUUCUACAACGCCAGAACCAAGCAGCUGAUCCACACCUUCAGAACCAAGUUCCAGCAGCCGCUCGUUCCCGCUUUCAUGGUGUGGAACGGCAGUUUCUCGGUGCAGACGGGCCUGCAGGUGCCCAGCAUGGUGCAGAGCGGCCAGAAGAGGAACAGCGCCACCAGCAGCUCGAGCGCCAGUCUCUCUUAGGCCCCGGGCCCCGCCCGCACUUCCUGCAGCGCUCCGUCCUGCUGGGGGGGGGGGAGAAGAACGGUUGGGGGUAGGGCAGCACCCCCCUGGAGAGACCGAGCCGUGUCCACCCGUUGUGCAACUUCACCCAAAGAGCCAGAGCAGACCGUUGGCGCCCCUUCUCCCUCCCCCCCGUCCGCACGCACACUUCCUGUGCCUUUCGGUGUUCUGGUCCUCGGCGGGGAUUCCUGUCCCAAAGGCAUUAACUACCUUUUAGCAACCCGCACUCACACGGUUUUGCAAGACCCCCGACCCCCCCGCUGUCGGUCUGGGUUCUGCGUUGCCCCAACGGUUAAGCUUUGCGUUUGAACCUAACACAUCUGUGUCUGUAGUGGGACUGUCCAGUGUCGCUGUACCCCCACUGAUAUCUAACAGACAAGCAGUGUGGUUCCGGUCAGGUGGAACCCGGGGCUGCUUCUUCCGGAACAUUCUCACGGGCUUCCGAGUCACUGCGGCGCAGCAGAUAAGGCGGCGGCCGCCUCUGGGAUUUUUGUGUGUGUGUGUGUGUGUAGGUGGGGUUAGGGACGCAGCACUCUACUAUGUAUGUGUGCCAGUUAGUGUUGACACUGUACUUCAUUGCAGUUUUAAGUAUCUCUCGAGGAGUGUGGGAGGGAACGUUCUAGAAUGUAAUUAUUUACAACAGCAGUUAUUUAAAUAUGGGAUUUAUGGUGAACUUAUAAGUUGGCAUGGGAGUGAUGUGAGCUGCAGGGUUGGGCUGGGGCACUGAGCACAUUGGUCUUUUUAUUUUAAACAGUCCUCAACACGCUGAAGCUUGAAUUUCAACCUCGAGUAUUUUAGAGCAACUUUGUACGGAGAGACGCGUCACCGUGGCGAUGUCCCCACUAAGUCCCCCGUGUGCACUCUGUCUGUCCAGCCGUGUCAAUAAAGAAAAUGUGACCUUGGUUUUACCUUG